AUGGCAGCACAACUGACCCCCGAACUGCAGGACAAGCUGCAAGAGCUUGAGAAGGAGCUCGAGGAAGGCGACAUCACAGAGAAAGGAUUCCAGAAGCGACGAACGCAGCUCCUCUCCCAGUUCAUGGGCCCUGGCUCAUUGGGCGCCUCCGUCGCCAACCAAGCCAGAGGCGGCCUGGGCAUACACUCUCCCGACAACUCCGGACACCCUUCGAGCGAUGGCCACCGCGCAGCCGCUCUCGCCGCCCUGGGCGGUAGAGACUCCGAUCCCAGCAGCCCGACAUCGCCGAGCUCGCACCGUCCACAGUCGCCCUUUGCCCCCCACGGCUCCGGCCACGGCUCCGGCGGCUACGCGUCUCCCGGAUAUCAAUCCCCUGGCCCUGGCUAUACUUCCCCCGAGAUUAACCCCGCCGGUCUCCUUCGACCUGGCGGUCCUGUCGCCGAACAACGGCCGACCAUGAAGCAGCAUAACUCGCUCUUCUUAGGCACGAACAACGAACCGCCGACACGAUCUGGCACUAUGCUCUCGACAGACUACGCCUUCAACCCCGACCAGCAAGGACACUACGUGGACCAUGCUCAAAACCCGUACGACAGUCGGACAGGCACGAUGCUUGACUCAACAGGGUACUUCUCGGGAUUCACCGGUGGGCAGAACUUCGAGCAAGGACAGAACUUCGAGCAAGGACAGAACUUCGAGCAGGGACAAAACUACGACCAGCAGGGUUACGAACAAGGACAGCAGGAAGAGUAUGGCGGAGCACACAGAUACUCGUCGGGCGAGGCCUUCUCGCCCACGGCUGCCAUGGCGCCGCCCAUGCUCACUGCCAACGACCUGCCCCCUCCGGAAGUGCUCGAGUACAUGAUGCCUCUGGAACCGCGCGAUCUCCCGUUCGCGAUAUCCGACCCGCACGAUAGCAAUACUCCCAUGUCCAAGUUCGACAACAUGGCCGCAGUUCUGAGGCAUAGGGGAAGGACAAUGGCCAAGCUUCCCGCAUACUGGGUCCUCGACAACAAAGGCAAGGAAAUUGCCUCCAUCACGUGGGACAAGCUAGCGUCGAGGGCCGAAAAAGUGGCACAGGUGAUUAGGGACAAGAGCUCGCUGUAUCGCGGCGAUCGCGUUGCCCUCAUCUACCGCGACACCGAGGUCAUCGAUUUCGUUAUUGCCCUUCUCGGAUGCUUCAUUGCUGGCGUCGUUGCCGUGCCGAUCAACGACCUGCAGGACUACCAGAAGCUGAAUCUGAUCCUCACAUCGACGCAGGCCCAUUUGGCGCUCACGACCGACAACAACCUCAAGGCUUUCCAGCGUGACAUAACGACGCAGAAGCUGAACUGGCCCAAGGGUGUCGAAUGGUGGAAGACGAACGAGUUCGGCAGCUUCCACCCCAAGCGCAAGGACGAUGUGCCGCCAUUGACGGUUCCCGACUUGGCCUACAUCGAGUUCUCGAGGGCUCCUACGGGUGAUUUGCGAGGCGUUGUCCUGAGCCACCGGACAGUCAUGCAUCAGAUGGCUUGUCUCAGUGCCAUCGUUUCCACGGUGCCAGGAAACGGUCCUGGUGAUACCUUCAGCCGCACUCUCCGAGACAAGAACGGCCGGCUCAUCGGGGCAGGUUCAACGAGCGAAACGCUUCUCUCAUAUCUCGACCCGCGACAGGGCAUCGGCAUGAUUCUGGGUGUUCUUCUCACAGUGUACGGCGGUCACACGACCGUUUGGGUUGAAAACAAGGCCGUUGAAGUACCCGGUCUCUACGCCCACCUCAUCACCAAGUACAAGGCCACUCUCAUGAUCGCAGACUACCCCGGUUUGAAGCGCGCGGCAUACAACUACCAGUCAGACCCCAUGACGACACGGAAUUUCAAAAAGGGCAUGGAGCCCAACUUUCAGACCGUCAAACUCUGCCUCAUAGACACGCUGACGGUGGACGGCGAGUUCCACGAAGUUUUGGCAGACAGAUGGCUGAGGCCACUCCGGAAUCCCCGCGCCCGCGAGGUUGUCGCGCCCAUGCUUUGUCUCCCCGAGCACGGAGGAAUGGUCAUCAGCAUCCGCGAUUGGCUAGGAGGAGAGGAGCGCAUGGGAUGCCCGCUGAAGCUCGAUAUGGGGUCCGACAUUGAGUCCGACGUAGAAGAGAAGGAAGAGGUGAAGCUGGCACCCUCUAAUGGCUUUGGCAGUCUCCUGGGAGGCGGUGCCACCACCACCACCGAGGAGCGCGCUAAGAACGAGCUCAGCGAGGUGCUCCUUGACAGAGAGGCUCUGAAGACAAACGAAGUUGUCGUGGUUGCGAUCGGAGACGAGGCGCGGAAACGUGCUUCCAGCGAACAAGGCACUGUCCGCGUGGGCGCCUUUGGAUACCCGAUCCCCGAUGCCACCCUCGCAGUCGUCGACCCGGAAACCGGUCUGUUGGCGUCACCGCACUCGAUCGGAGAAAUCUGGGUGGACUCGCCUUCGCUCUCUGGAGGCUUCUGGGCUUUGCCCAAACACACGGAGCAGAUUUUCCACGCCCGCCCCUACAAGUUUGACCCUGGCGAGCCGACGCCAACCCUCGUCGAGCCCGAAUUCUUGAGAACCGGCUUGCUCGGUACAGUCAUCGAGGGAAAGGUUUUCGUGCUGGGCUUGUACGAGGAUCGUAUUCGCCAGAAAGUCGAAUGGGUCGAGCACGGCACCGAGGUCGCGGAGCAUCGCUACUUCUUCGUUCAGCACCUCGUUGUCAGCAUUGUAAAGAAUGUGCCCAAGAUCUACGACUGCUCUGCCUUUGACGUAUUUGUCAACGAGGAGCACCUCCCCAUAGUGGUCUUGGAAUCACCAGCCGCCUCGACAGCGCCUCUGACGUCUGGUGGACCACCGAGGCAACUCGAUACGGCACUGCUCGAUUCGCUUGCCGAAAGGUGUAUGGACGUCUUGAUGCAGGAACACCAUUUGAGACUGUACUGCGUCAUGAUCACCGCGCCAAACUCCCUUCCCAGGGUAGUAAAGAACGGACGCCGGGACAUCGGAAACAUGCUGUGCAGGAGAGAAUUCGACCUGGGCAACCUGCCUUGCGUCCACGUCAAGUUCGGCGUAGAGCAUGCGGUGCUCAACCUGCCGAUCGGCGUCGACCCCAUCGGAGGCAUUUGGUCGCCCAUCUCAUCCGACUCUCGAGCGGGGAUCCUCAUGUCGGCUGACAAGCAGUACUCGGGUAUCGACCGAAGAGAAGUUGUCAUCGAUGACCGCACCUCCACCCCGCUCAACAACUUCUCGUGCAUCACCGAUCUCAUCCAAUGGCGCGUGGCCCGACAGCCAGAGGAGCUGGCCUACUGCACGAUUGAUGGUCGUGGCAGAGAAGGUAAAGGCGUUACUUGGAAGAAGUUCGACACCAAGGUCGCCGCUGUGGCGCUGUAUCUGAAGAACAAGGUCAAGGUCCGCCCCGGCGACCACUUGAUUCUGAUGUACACGCACUCAGAAGAGUUCGUAUAUGCCGUCCACGCCUGCAUCAACCUGGGUGCGGUCGUUAUCCCACUGGCUCCCCUAGACCAGAACCGACUCAACGAAGACGUGCCGGCAUUCCUGCACGUCGUCGCCGACUUCCGCGUCAAGGCUAUCCUGGUCAAUAACGAGGUGGACCACUUGGUCAAGCUGAAGCUUGUGUCCAACCAUGUCAAGCAGGCAGCCUCCAUUCUCAAAAUCGGCGUCCCCAAUUACUACAACACUACCAAACCGCCCAAGCAGAGCAGCGGGCUGCGAGACAACGGCAUCACUAUGCAGCCCGCCUGGAUUCAGCCAGGCUAUCCUGUAAUUAUUUGGACAUACUGGACUCCCGACCAGCGCCGUAUUGCGGUUCAGCUGGGACACGACACCAUCCUGGGUAUGUGCAAGGUCCAAAAGGAAACUUGCCAAAUGACGAGCUCCCGUCCUGUCCUCGGGUGUGUGCGUAGUACCACGGGCCUGGGAUUCAUCCACUCGUGCCUGAUGGGCAUCUACAUAGGCACCCCGACCUACCUCCUCUCACCCGUCGAAUUUGCGCAGAAUCCCAUGUCGCUGUUCGUGACUCUUUCUAGGUACAAGAUCAAGGACACCUACGCGACGCCGCAGAUGCUGGAUCACGCCAUGGCGAUGAUGCAGGGCAAGGGCUUUACGCUCCACGAGCUGAAGAACCUGAUGAUCUCGGCCGAGAGCAGACCACGAGUCGACGUGUUCCAAAAGGUCCGCCUGCACUUCGCCGCUACCGGUCUUGACAGGACCGCAAUCAACACCGUUUACUCCCACGUUCUCAACCCAAUGAUCGCCUCGCGGUCCUACAUGUGCAUCGAGCCUAUUGAGCUCUGGCUAGACACCAAGGCACUGCGGAGGGGUCUUGUUUACCCUGUCGAUCCUGAGCAAGAUCCCAAGGCGCUUUUGCUCCAGGAUUCGGGCAUGGUUCCUGUCUCGACACAGAUCGCCAUCGUCAACCCCGAAAGCCGAAUGCUCUGCCACGAUGGAGAGUAUGGCGAGAUCUGGGUCGACUCUGAAGCAUGCGUCAAGGGCUUCUACGGUUCCAAGGACGUCUUUGAUGCUGAGCGAUUCGACGGGCGUACAGUCGAUGGCGACCCUAGUAUUCAGUAUGUCCGCACAGGUGACUUAGGCUUCUUGCACAACGUGAGCAGACCCAUUGGCCCUGGAGGCGCGCAGGUCGACAUGCAGGUGUUGUUCGUCCUUGGUAACAUUGGCGAAACGUUUGAGAUCAAUGGCCUCAGCCACUUCCCCAUGGAUAUCGAGGCGUCUGUGGAACGGUGCCACCGAAACAUCGUCACUGGUGGAUGCGCCGUAUUUCAAGCCGGCGGCCUUGUUGUCGUACUAGCCGAGAUCACUCGCAAGGCCUACCUCGGCUCCGUCGUACCGGUCAUCGUCGACGCAAUUCUCAACGAACAUCAGAUCAUUGUCGACAUCGUGGCGUUUGUUAACAAGGGCGACUUCCCCCGGUCCCGCCUCGGCGAGAAACAGCGCGGAAAGAUCUUGGCUGGAUGGGUCACGCGCAAGAUGCGAACCCUUGCACAAUUCGCCAUCAGAGAUAUGGACCCGGCCAGCAUCAUGGGAGGCGAGCCUAGCACCGCGGACGGACCCGAUCUUCACCGAACUUCCAUAGGCAGUCAAAGAAGCGCGAGCGGCCAGGCCCAUGGCUCUUCAAGUCUGCGGAACGUUGAACACGCACCGCAGAUUCUGGAGCAGGAAGAGUUUCAACAGCAGGUCGGGCAGAUGGCUUCACUUCCACAGCAAGGCCACGACGGCAUUGCGGAGAUGCCCGGUGAUGAGGGACCGUCUUACGCGCAGCAGGGGCAGGCCAACGCGCCUGCAGGUCAUGGGUACGUCCUGCCAGAUUUCGACCGAUUCGGAGGCGACGACGGCCCGCCGCCUGUGGGCGCGAAGCCCGGCGCGGGACAAUCGACGCCGCACAUCAACCUUCCUGGGAUCGAUGGCCGAGAGAACAGAGAUACGUGGAAUAGCGGCCAACAAGGAGGCGGGCAGUCUGACGAGGACUGGACAGCUCAGGCUCUGAUGCACAUGAACCUCGCCAACGACUUGGAGAGAAAGGCGGACUAG